AGGCAGAGAAGAAGCGUGAGGCCAAGCAGCGAGCUAAGGAAGCUCAGGAGCGGGAAGUGCGGAAGCGGGAGAAGGCGGAAGAGAAGGAGCGUCGGAGAAAGGAAUAUGAUGCCCUUAAAGCAUCUAAGCGGGAGCAAGAGAAGAAGCCCAAGAAGGAAGCAAAUCAGGCCCCAAAAUCUAAGUCGGGCUCCCGUCCCCGAAAGCCACCACCCCGGAAGCACACUCGGUCCUGGGCCAUGCUGAAGCUGCUACUGUUGCUGCUGCUGCUGUGUGUGGCGGGUGGGCUGAUUGCAUGCCGGGUGACAGGGCUGCAGCAGCAACCCCUCUGUGCCAGCGUGAACACCAUCUAUGACAACGCAGUGCAGGGCCUACGCCGCCAUGAGAUCCUGCAGUGGGUCCUCCAGACCGAUUCCCAGCAGUGAGCUUGUCCUCCAUAUCUGCUGCCUCCCAGCCUUGGAACUUGGAUUCCUAUGGAAUUGGGUUCUGCUGGACACAGCCUCCUUUUAGCGUCAGACCUACCUGCCAUCACCAAAUGGCCGCCGAGUGGUACUUGAGACCUCCCUUUUGUAGGACUUCUUUGUUCCUUAGUCAGGGAUCCCUGGUGGAAUAAGGAGAAAUGGGAGGUGGGAAAGAACAGUUACCUGCAUGCCUAAAAGAAUAGGCUUGGGGGUGGGAGAAAACAUAGCCUUUUUUAGUUAUUAUACAAAGCUGUGUAAAAGCAA